AUGGAUGAUACAAAAUUUAGUUAUGAAAAAAUUGUAUCUCUUAGUGGUGAUGAAAAUAUUCAUUUAUUUUCAUGUAUCAAAGUUCUUGAUAGCAUGACAACAAGUUCAAUUGGAUUUGAUCAAAUUGCAAGUGCUCAUAUACAACUAAUAAAACAAAUUCAAGAGCAUCUCUCUUUAGAAAUACAUUUAGCUGACGUUACAAAAAUCAAUUCUGAAAUCAAUGAAAUACUUACAACAGAUGUUUUUCCAUUGGUUUCUAUUCGUUAUCGAGAAACUACUGAAGAAAUGAGAGCUAUGGCAAAAGAACAAGAACAAUUAAUGUUAAAUAUAUAUUUGAAAAAAAACUUAGAAGAAAAUGAAAAUAUUGAUCAAUCCAUUCCAGUCGAAUCGCUUCACAAUACAUUUUCAGAGAGUAUCGACACAUUUGCCAUCAAAAAUAAAAUUGAACAAAACAAAUUACAAAUUCAACAAGUAUCAUAUUUUGCUCUACGAUCGUUAACAUCUUUAUUGCUAAUGUUUAUCAAGUCAGCAGAAAAAAAUGAUCCAACAUUUGUUCAAGAACUUUUAACAUUAACAAUUCAGUUAUGUGAUCAGAUUCCCAUGAUCAAUUUUACAGCAUCUGAUUCAUCACCACUCAUCGGUAAACAUUGGUUCCAAUCAUUGCAACCGUUAACAAAUUACUUUCAUGAAUUAUCAUUAUCGAAAAACCUCAUCGUAGCAAACAAAUCUAUGAAAAUUUUAUUGCAUUUUGCUAUUGCAAAAGCAUCAUUUAAAGACAUUCUAACAAUUCUAAGAAAACUCUUAUUCAAUAAAGUUCAUGUUUACAAUGUUCAACGUUUAUUCACGCGAAUGAAUAAUUGUUUGAUAGAAGCUCUUAAUACAAUGUCAAAGAAAAAGCAACAACAACAAAAUAAUAAUUCUGAUCAUAAUUUUGAACAAGACAUAGAUGAUGACACAAUAGCCAAUGAAACAACAGACUAUUUGAAAGCAAUUGGUGUAUUUCCAAAUUCACAAUUAAUUCAAUUAAAUGAAAAAGAAUUUACUGGACCAUUUGUCGCAUCUGUUGUUUUGGCACAUAUUGAUUUUUAUAAUCGAAUUCAUUCAGUUGAACACUUAAAAUAUGGUUCAAUCGAUAGUUCAAUUUCAUUCGAAUUUCAUCCGACUACAUUUCAACAGUUAUUUCAUAUUAUUGAACAAUUCAUAGCAACCAAAAUAAAGGGUUCCAAUAUGAUCAUUUGUCAUAUUCUGACUGUUUGUUUAAGAUUAUUCGCAACGCAUCUGAAAUUUUUAUCUAUAGUAUCAUCAACUCUUGAUCGAGAUUUGUUAUCGACAAAUGAGAAAUAUAGAAAAACUAGUCGAAUUUCUUCUAGUAAAUCAAAAUUUGACAUUGAUUUAACUAUAUUUGUAAACGAUCAUCAAUACCAAUUAUGGUUUGAUUUAUUAUUAAAAUUAAUUUGCAAUGAAGAUGAAAUUUUACGACAGAGACAAAUCCGUCAAGAAGCAUCAAAAGCUCUUAUGUAUAUUAUCGAUAAAAGAGCAAGAUCAUUUACAGAAAAAUUAUCAUUUUUCUACGCAUAUAUUAUUGAAAAUAAAUAUCCUCUAUUUGUUGAACAAUUAUUUAUAGAAUUGAAGAAAAGUAUAUUGUUACUAAGCUGGAUCGAAGUAUUAGUCAAUGAUGAUGAAAAUAACUCAGAGAAAAUGACAGCAUUAGCAAUAUUAUAUUCUUUCGUUGAUAUUUGCUCAAAUCCAUCGAAUGAUAUAGACCUACCACGAAAAAAACAAAUUCGACAAAUUCUAAUUAUGUUUCAAGAACUUUUAUUAACACAAUUAAUUUCACCAUCACAAAUAGAAAAUACUCAAUAUGAUGAUUCAACUCAAAGUGAUUUAUCUAAAUUUCUUAUUUCUCAUGGUUUUGUAUCUUUUAUAACUACUUAUGUCAGUCAUAUUUUAAGGAGUUGUGCUGAUAAUGAUUUAUUGAAUUCAAUUUUUAUUAGUUUGUGUUUAAUGACAAAAACAGAAAAUAUUUUCAAUUUUGACCAAGUCCAGCCGAUAUUCACGAAACUAUUGCCAAUAUUAGUACAAUAUCUAUUGAAGAAUACUAUGAAUCAAGAAAAUUUAUCAAAUAGUCUGUAUGUCAUAUGUUGGUUAAUAGGUAAAAUGAGCAAUGUGAUGAUUAUUGGACCUGAACAGAAUUUUUCUGAGUUGAAACAUAUUGAUAAAUUGAAAUCACUUCUGUUUGCGGGUGGAUGUGAAAAAAUAAUAAUUGAAAAAAAUAAGUAUCUAUUCGAUUUAUACGAAUCGAAUCUUGCUGUUUAUAGCCGAUUUAAAAUAGACAAUCAAAUGCAAGAAUCCUUAUCAUCGUUAUCGGAUGAUGAAUUUUUAAUGUCAAUUUACAAUAACAUUGGUCAAGGUGCACAAUUAAUAUCAAAAAUGAAAGAACAUGUUGAAGAUAGACAACAAUUAUUAAAAUCAAUCGAACAUGAAGCAAAUGAUGCGUGUGCUGCUCUAUUUGCUGUUUAUAUUAAACAUUAUCGUCGAAUUGAUCUUGCUAAAAGAGAAUUACUGCGAAGGGAUGAUGAAAAACCACAUAAUAAAUUAUUAUCAAUCUAUGAAUGUUCAACUGAUGUUAAAAUAUUAUUUACAACAACAAGAGCUCAAGGUGGUAAUUUAAAUGAACUCUAUAAACAAAUUAAAAUGAAUACAUUAUUUUUACUUUUAUAUAUUCGAGAAGGAAAUUUAAUUCCAAUAAUCGAAACAGAUGAAGAUUUAUCAGCAUUACUAAAUCUAACAAAUAUACAACCAAAAAAACGAUUAUCAUUUCAACGACAAGUUUCACGAUGGACAAAAGCAAAAUAUGUUCUUCGUUUACUUCGUAAUACAAUGCAAGCAUGUGUUCGAUUUAAAAAAUUAAUGCUAGCUAAAAAACAGACAAAAUUAAAUCUUAGAAUUGAAAGUAAUUUAAAUCAAUUAAUUGAUACGUUUGUCUAUGGUGAUUUCUACAAGACGACAACAUUAAUAACAAGUGAAGAAAAGAAGUUAGAAUUAGACGAACUUUCUCAAUGUAUGUCUCGAUGUUAUGAACGUGCAAUGACACGACUAAUUACAUAUCAUUUUAGUCAUAAAUUUAUUCAAAAUCUAUUAGAAAUCGAUGAUCAAAAUCAAAUUGUAACAAUUUUAAAUCUUUAUUUACCUCAUUUAAGAUCUUCCAAUUCAGAAUGGUUCUAUUUAGAAAAUAUUCAAGCAACAAACAAUCAACUUAAAGAACAAAUUCGUGAUGCAUACUAUUCAAUUAUUAAAACGAUUUUCUCGUUUAUUUUACGUUUAUUAACAUUUGAACCAAAAUUAUUAAUACAAAAUAUGUUUCAUUUACUCAAUCUAUCCUAUAAAUCUAUUGAUAUUGUCUGUUUAAAUCAAGAUCAAUUUGUUGAAGUAUUAUUUUUAUCAUUUGUUAGUUUUACUAAAGAAUCAAAUUAUAUCGUUUCACUUGAUACAAAAUUAACUGCAUAUAAUUGGUUUCGUUUUUAUGUAUGUAAAUUAUGUGAAAAUAUCGGAUUAGAUGAAAACAUGAGUAUAUCUAAUGAAAUAGUAAAACAACAACAAUUCGCUUUUAAUAUUAUAAUCUUAAAUGAAUUGAAAAGAUUAAAACAAUUACAACAAUUAUUACCAACUGAUGUCGAAAAUGAAAUUUAUAGUUCAAUAGAAAAUAGAAAAUAUUCAUUAAAUCAUGCUGCUAUUGAUUGGUUUAUUAAAGCAGCAACAGUUGAAAAUGAUAUAUCGAUUCAUUCAAGUAAAUUAUCCUCGAAACGUGAUGUUGAACUUUGUACAAAUCAAUUAUUAGUAUUUUUACUUCGAUGUAUUUAUUUAUAUGAUAAUGUUCGAUUGAUUUGUGCAAAUAUUGAUUAUAUUGAAGAAUUAUUAUAUAUUUAUCGUAGUAGUAAAAAUCAAAUUACAGUUUUACUUGCAUUGAAAAUUUUACGUAAUUUAAUUCCAUUAUUCCCGGAAACAACAAAUGAAAUAGCAAUUAUUACUAUAAAAAAUCUUUUAGAUGAACUUUUAGUCUCAAUUGGUAAUAGUUUUAUGAAACAGAAUAUGACUUCGGAAAUAAUUACCGAAUUGAUAAAUAUCUAUCGUACAGUAAUAUUUUUAAAGUCACCAUGGCAAAUGAUGGCAACACAAUUGAUUUACAAUGCAAUCAUAUCAUUUGUAAAUGAGAUCAAGUUGAAAUCAUUUAACACCAUGGAUACCAUUCAAAUGAACUAUGUUUUUGCAUCAUUAUGUGUUUUUGGUGGAUAUAUCCAACCAUACUGUUUAGGUUCAAUUGUUAAUGUCUAUCCGAAUGAAGAAAGUAACGAAUAUGAUCUAGCAAUAAUUAUUGAUAUUAAUACCGAUGAUGAAAAUUCAAAUUCAUCUGAAGUCUUGCCCUAUUUCAUUCAAUAUUUGAAAACAAAUAAAACUGAAUGGAUUUCAGGUGAAAAAUUACGAAUUGAAAUCGAUGUUAUGCUACCGAAUCUAUUCUUAUUGAUAAAUAUUAAUGAUCCCAAUCUUACGAUACAUUCCCUUUUUGAUGCACUAGGAUAUAUAAUACAAAUGGAUACAUCAACAACAGAAUCUUUAAUAUUAUUAGAACUGAAACGUCGUUGUAUGUCAGCUUUGUGUUAUAUGUUAAAUGAUAAAAAACUUGUUGAAAUUUUCAUGGAAAAACCUUAUUCAUCAUUUAUCGCUAAAUUAUCAAUGUCGGAUUCUUUAUUUAAAAAUUAUUCAUUACCUGUUGAUUUACGUUUAUUCAAUCAACAACAUUUAGAACAAUAUUGUUUGAGUUUAAAUACUGCCUUACGAUUCAAACAAAUUAUAGAAACAGGAAAUGAUAAUUACACUACUAGUAAUAAUAAUAAUAAUAAUCAAAUUUCUCAACAGACAACAAUCAUAGAAAAGGAAGAUAAUACUUCAUUUAUUAUAUGGAAUCAAGAUGAAUUCAAUCGAGAUCCUUUGGUUGUCAACGCUUUAUCAAUGAGUGCAUUGAAAUAUAAUGGAUGGAAGCCUUAUACAUCGAAAUCAGAAAUUGAAUUAUUUGAACGCGGUCGAAUUGGGGAUAAGAACUUGGUUAUUUCUUCAAUGCCACGCAAUUUUAUCGAUUCUAGUCUAAUCAAAGAAUGUGGUGAUAAACACCGAUUUAAUGGUGAAAUCUGUCUAACUACUGAAAGUGAAACUGGAAUAUUUCCAACGUUCAUUGUUGAUAAUCUACAAUUGACUGAAGGUAAAUGGUACUAUUGUGUUCGAUUGCCAAUCGGUGGCAUUGUUCAAAUUGGUUAUGCAACAACAGGAUUUACACCUUUGCCUAGAGAAGGUAUUGGUGUAGGCGAUGAUAAAUACUCAUGGUCAUAUGAUGGAUCACGUGGUACGCUGUACAACGAUGGUGAAUUCAUUGCUCCAUUUGAAGAAAUUUGUUGGAUAAAGAAUGAUAUUUGUGGAUGUGGAAUCGAAAUUAAAGGUGAAAAUAUUCGAAUCAAAUAUUGGUUAAAUGGAAAAUUCUUAGGAACACCGUUUGAACAUCAAGCACAUGUUGGAACAUCGACAGCAAAAUGUAAUAUGUUACCACAUGGUCAUAAAACAACUUAUUUUCCUGCUGUUACUGUUCAUGUACCAUAUUUAAAUGUUGGUUGGUUUGAAUUCAUAUUUAGUCCCGAUGAUAUGGCACGUUGUCCAUUGCCAGAUGGAUAUAAACCAUUAUUAUUGCCGACAUUAAUUAAUAUUGAAAAUUCUAUUGUUCCUUAUCCAAACAGUGCUUAUUUAAUUGGGUUUGAUACUCAACAUUUUUUUCAUAGAAAACGAAGUAUAACUCCGAAGACACUUCUAUGUGAUUUUGUCAAUGAAUAUCAUCUUGAUACUUCAUACACUCUAGACGAUUAUCAAUUACUACUACUAGAAGAUAGUGGUGGAUUUCCUUUAUCAAUAGAUAGUUAUCAAUCAUCACUAACUAUAAGUUUUGAUUUUGAAAUUUUAAACAAAAUUUCAAAACAUUCAAAUGAAUUAUUUAAUUUUUUAUUGUUUACAUUAGAUGCAACUGAAAUCUGUUCCGUACGAAUUCCAUCGGAUCAAAUUGAUAAUCGAGCACGAACUGCUAUUGUAAUUUGUUCAAAAGAACAAAAAAUUAGAAUCUAUUUAAAUAAUCUAUAUCAAGUAAUUACUAGUAGUUUUGAAAUACAAACCAUGACAAAAUUUAAUUUUCAUAUUUUACCCAAUAUUGGUGCUAGAAUAAAAAAUAUAGGCGUUUGGAAAUAUGCUUUAUGUGAAGAACAUAUUCGACGUCUAUUUACUUAUGGUCUAUCUUAUGUAGCAGUUGAUUAUAGACAAUUGACAGUAUAUCAACAACAAGCAAAUAGUUUUGUCUUUAAUAAAAAUCAAAAGCAUUUUAAUAAUGAAUUACUUGUUCCAUUCAAUGAAUCGUUUGAAGAAAGUCUUUGGGAAAAAAAGAAAGAACAAAUUGAUAUUGAUGAAACAAAAUAUUUUAGAACAAUUGAUGAUACAGAUGAAUCAACAAUACAAUUAUAUGGUAAUAAAACCUAUCUUGUUCUUUCAAAAUCAAUUGAACAAUGGUUUGAAUAUUCACUUAUACUCGAUAUUUCUUUACCGAAUUUACCGACAACUAAUGAACAUAUAACAAUUUUAUCCAUCAACUCAGAAGCUGCAAUUUAUAUUACACACAAGGGUAAAAUUUGUCUAUUGAAUCAUGAAAAAAUAAAUAAAAGUAAACGCAUAUUAAAAUUAAAUGAAUAUAUGCGUUUAGCUAUUUUUGUUCAAAAGAAAUCUGUUGAAAUUUAUAUCAAUGGAAUACUACAUAUUCGUUCGAAUGUUGAUAAGGAUCAAUUUGUAUUAAAAACCAACCAUAUUGAUCUGUUUCGAGAAGCAGAUCUAGAAAUGAAUACCACUAACGAUGAUUUAAUUCGAAUUAAAUGCAAAUCGAUUACAUUUCUUAAUCGAUUAGUAGAACUCGAUUUGAUUAAUCAACAAAUGAAAUCGCCAAAUGAUUCGUUAGUAUCAUUAGUUGCACCACCUUUUUCAUUGAUUGCAUCGAAUUUAAUUGCUAUCGGUUAUAAAGAAGAAUGGAUCAAAUGGGCCAUACAAAAAACAAAUUCAACAAAUAGUCAAGUUCUUGAUACGGUUAUACGCGAAAAUACAGAUGAGUUUUUAAAAAUUGAACAUGAAAACCAACAAAAACGUAAUUUAAUCAUUUUGUUCAGAGUAAAUUCAUCUUUCAUACAAGAAAAAUGGCAUGAAUUAGGAAAUAUUCCAGAAUUCAAUAACGAAGGUAUAAUAACUAUUGGUCAACUGAUAUGUGAUUAUAAAAAUUGUUCAAACGAUUCAAUUCAUAUGGAAAAUAACAAUAACAAUGAAUCGGAUAAGAAUGGACAAGUACGAUUCGAAAAGGAAUGGUAUCAACAAAUGGUUUAUGGAUUACAGAUACCAAAUACGAUAUUCGAAUGGAUGAAUGAUAAAUCAUCAAGAACAGAUCUAAGUGAUAUCUAUCAACUAUUAGAUUUGAGGAAAUCUGAACAACAAUUCACAACUGAGAUAUUAGAUCAACGAAAAAUCAUUCAUAAGUCCAUUCAAUACUCUCAUAAACAAAUUUCACGAAAACAAUAUUUAGAUUCGCGUUUCGCUUGUGAACAUGGUUUAAUAACAAUCUAUGCGCGUAACAGUAUUCUAAAUAUGUUAAAAGUUUGGUCAAAUGAGGAUUCAAGUGCAUUUUCGUUGGAAAAAUUUGGUGAUUAUGCAUUUAUGGUUAAAUUAUUGCGAUUACUAGAUUAUCAUUAUACAUAUAGAAGCUCAUACAUAGAUGAUAACAUGAAUAGAGUAACUUUCUUAAUUCAUUCAAUUCUUCAAUUUGAAACAAAAGAAUUUAUUAAACAAGCAAAUAAAAAUAAAGAAUUUACUAUUGAAAUGUUAAAAAGUAAAGCUCCAUUAUUCUUAAUUCAAGCAAGUCAAACUUUCAAUUUGAAUGUACGAUCACAAAAUUUCUUUUUUCAUUUAUUAAAUGAAUUAUUAUUAAUAACUGUAUCUAUGAGCAGUCCAGUAACAAGAACACUACAAACUAUUGUCAUGGAUUUAGUAUUUCUCCUAAUAAAAAGAAAAAGUUCUCAUGAUACAAUGACAACAGAACGACAAAAUGAAAAAUUUGAGUUCGAAUUGGCUGAAUGUUCACAAAAUUUUCAUGAUCUAGUCAUAGUUAUCAAUAUUAUUGAAGCGUUAAUCGAUAAAAGUAAACAUACACAAUAUCCUAAACAAUUCAUAGAACAAACAUAUGAUAUUUUGAGUGAAAAUCCCAAAUAUACCUCAGAUGAUUUUCAAAAAUCAAAUACACUUUUCGAUACAUUGGCUGAUCUACAAUUGAUUAAAUUGAUGAAUGAACACCCAUCAAUGAAUAAUUCAUUUAAUCAAUUCAUCUCUAAUUUACCGACUGAAUCAACACAGAAUUCGACAUUUUAUAAAAAUUAUCCAGCACUAAUAAAUAUUCCAGCUAAAUUUAUACAAGUUCGAGCUAAAUUUUUCUAUCAAUUUAACAUAUUUGUGGAAAAAACUGUAUCAAUGCUUGAUUUUAGUUUAUUGCCAAAUCAAAGUAUUCUAGUAGAUUAUAUCAGAAUCGCUAAGAUUUAUCUAUUAGAAAAAAGAAAAGUCCAAUGGCUUAAACAAUCCUUAACACAAACUGAAAUUCAUGCUAUUAUUGAACCACCUGAAGUCACAUUUGACACUAUUGAAGCUAGUAUUAAUGGUAAUGAAGGCGAGAGUACGAUGUUCAGUCAAGCAUUUCAACAGUUACAUGAAAACGCUCAUAUCCUAUUUCGACAAAGCAAUGAACGUUUAUGGCGAGCACAAUAUCUUGAAAUGCAUAGUACUGAUCAAGGUGGACCUUAUCGAGAUUCCAUAACAGCUAUUUGUUCGGAUAUAUGCAGUACACGCUUACCAUUAUUUAUUUUAUGUCCAAAUGGACAAAUAAAUAAUGGAUUAAAUCGUGAUUGUUGGAUACCAAAUGUUUUUCCACCACAUGAACCUAUUUCAAAUAAAUUUAAAAAACAAUAUCAAUUCAUUGGACAAUUAAUGGGUAUGGCUUUUAGAAAAAAACAUUAUUUGAAUUUAAAAUUUGCAAACUUAUUAUGGAAACAAUUAGUAGGAGAACCAAUAACUAUGAAAGAUAUUGAAGCAAUUGAUAUUCAAUGCGGUGUUAUUACUAAAGAAAUGGAAAUAAAUAUUGAACAGAAUAAAUCGAUUAACAUUGAUAGUGAUAUGAAUUAUCUAUUUAGUAGUGUUCUGAGUGAGCUUUGUUUUGAUGUUAUCAGUUCAUCAGGACAAACCUAUGAACUUAUUCCUGGUGGUCAAGAUAUUCCGGUUACUACUAAAAAUUUAACAGAAUACUAUACACAUUAUCGUGAAUAUCGUUUAAAUGAAUUUCAUCGACAAAUCGAAUAUAUUCGACAAGGGUUAUGUAGUGUCAUUCCAAGUGAUUUUUUAACAUUGUUUACAGCUGAUGAACUUGAAGUAGCCAUAUGUGGAAAAGGUCAUAUUGAUGUAUUACUACUGAAACGAAAUACAAUUUACAACGGUCGAUAUAAUGAAAAUUCACCACAUAUUCAACGAUUUUGGAUAGUUCUGAAUGAUAUGUUUGAUGAAGAACAAAAGAAAUUAUUUUUAAUAUUCGUUUGGGGAAGAAGUACUUUACCAAGAGAUGAUAGAGAAUUUACAUCGAAAUUUAUAAUUCAAACAAUUUUUCCAGAUGCUAAUUAUGAAACGGAUCAAAUGCUUCCAAGAGCACAUACAUGUUUUUUCAUUCUUGAUUUACCUGAAUAUUCAACGACUGAAAUUAUGUAUGAACGUUUGAAUUAUGCUAUAACGAAUUGUUCGAGUAUUGAUGCGGAUGGUAUGAUAGACGAUGUCCUGAAUCCAGCAAAUCAAAACGAUAAUACAGAUCUUGUUGAACAGCUACCAACAAUUCUUACAACACUUCUUGAUCAGAAUCAUCUUUUAAUUUAA